AUGCUGUUGCCGCCGGUAGCAUCUCUCGCUGUACUAGGUGUACUUUCUCUCAUCACUUUUCUUGCAUACUCCUCCCAAAUACUCCUUUUAUAUCUUGAGCCACAUCCCUUGGAACGCAAACAAAUCAUCAUUUUCAAUGUCCUCGUCUUCUGCUUGCUGCUUAGUUAUAUUCGAUCCGUCCGGACCAAUGCGGGCCAAAUACCCUCGGUGGAUCAACACGAGGAUGAUUCAACAGGCAUCUCUCAGAAGCUUGCCUCCAAGUCUAGACAGCGGUGGUGUCGGAGGUGCGAAGCGGUAAAGCCCCCGAGAGCACAUCACUGCAAAGUUUGCAAAAGAUGCAUACCAAAAAUGGACCACCACUGCCCAUGGACGGCAAAUUGUGUCUCGCAUGUCACAUUCCCACAUUUCAUACGCUUCCUCUUUUACGCAGUCGCGACCAUGUCGUACCUUGAAUACUUUCUGUAUAUUAGAUGCGCCGUCAUAUGGGGUAACAAAGAUCUUCCGAGUUACUUCGGCCCCACUAUCGUGCAAUACGUCCAUCUCUUUUUGCUGAUAAGCGUCAAUUCGUUGACAUUGUUUGUGUUAACAAUCUUGCUGAUCCGGAAUAUCUGGUGUCUGACGGUGAACACUACCACCAUCGAAGGAUGGGAAAUCGAGCGACAUAGCACUCUGGUUCGACGUGCGAGGCACUUUGGAGGCUUCUUGGAUGGACCGGAUGGAAUUAGAGUCAGAAUAAAGAGACAGGAAUUUCCAUAUGACAUAGGUAUCUGGGCGAACACUAAACAGGGCAUGGGGACAGGCAACAUACUUGCUUGGUUCUGGCCACUCUCAGCUUCUCCGUCAAUCGAGAGCGGGCUCACAUUUGAAGAGAACGGAUUUGAAGAUCCUUCCAUCUCCUGGCCUCCGCCUGACCCAGAUCGGCUCCAGUGCAAGUCAAUACCUGCACCUCGUCAUGGAUCUGGUUUCACUCAAGACGGACCUGACUAUUCAGCUGAAGAGAGCAAGAAAGCCUUCAAAUUGCGACAGGAAGCUGAUAUGCUGCGCUGGCAGCGUCCAGAAGACCAGGUUCAACGUCGAAAGCCAUACGUGAAGCGCCUGGAGGCCCUUCAGGAACCAUCAGAAUGGAGUUCUGAUGCAGCUGGCGACGACCAGACGAGCGAUAGCGGAGAAGAAGGAUGGAGAAACUCAGAGGGUGAGAGACUACGUGAUUUUGGCGUAGACGAGGAUGCGGAAUUCUACGACGAGGAAGACAAUAUCCCGCUCAGUGAACUAAUAGCUAGGAGAAAGGGGCGAUGAGUUCGAAAGCGUUCAGGCUCUUCCUCGUAGAUGGUCAUGAAAUAGAUACUCCUCUAUUUACCAACUCCACUCGCAUUAAGAGGAGAUCGGUCCAAAACCUGCAAUUUAUUCCAAAACACU